AGGAAGCGGAGGAGGAAGAGGAUGAAAGGCGAAGCCAAGAGGGACGAGAGAAGAAUGCAGAUGGAGGUGAGAAUGACGAUUUUCUAGAGGAUGCGGAUGGAUUUGACGACGAGUUUGAUGAGGAAGAAGAGUUAGGCUACGAGGAGAAGAUAGAGGGAAUAGGAGAUGGCGAGGAACAGGUGAAUCUAGAGGACCGCGAACGGGAAGAUAGGAUGUUUGAGGAGGAGGGGGAGAUGGAAGAGGACAGGAGGCGAUGGAUGAAGAAUGAACCUCUCAUUGGUGCAAUUGCGUUUGGUAAGUUAGAACAUGCUUCUUUUGGUUUACUUUUUUUGCGUCUCUCGUUCU